CACAUGUCCCCUGCAGGCAUCUUGUCUUUAGACCAGACAACCCUCAUUUCAUUUCACCCAGGCUUUUCAUUUCUGCCCUUAGGACUCUGAUCACUUUUCGUGUUCUCCUGUAGAUCCUGCUCAGCUGUCCUCUGUAUUGUCUCAGGUGCUUACACAGCUGACAUCAUGCUUCAGUUCAGGCUUGGGUGAAAUCCCAGAGUGAAGAAAAAGACAUCAGCAGUUAGAGCAGAGCACAGGUGAUAGGGACAAGGCUGAGAGUCUUGGAUAUCCUGGAGUUAAGCAUAAUCUUUCUGUGUGUUGGUGUUGCUCUCUUGACUGUGGAUCAACUUGCCAAAGUUGUGUUGGUAACUAGUACCUGCUGUGGGGCUGAUUCCCACAGAGCCCAAACACCUGUGGGCUUCAUAUAUCUGAUUAACAGGAGAUCUGCAGAGCGAAGAGUGAGCUUCACUUUCAUCUGAAUGUGCUUCUACAAACUGUUCUGGAUUUAACUUCCUUUAACUAACUGUCGGCUUGCCUUUUUGCCUGCCAGGAGCAGCUUUAAUCUGUUGUAGUGAGAAACACUCCUACUUCCCCCCUUAUGAUCCACUGAAAUCCACUUACAUCUGUGUUUUGAUUGUGAGGUGUUCAGGUCUUUCAUUUGGGUUCUGCCCUGCAUAUUCUUGCCUGAGGCUCUGGGUUGCCAGUGUAAUACAAAUUGCUGCUAUUAGUGUAUUUAAAUCCCGGAGUCUGCUGCAGCAAGAAAGAACUGCCAGCAAAAACUUCUCAGCAAGUCUUGCAGCUUCAGGUUGCGGAGGAGAUCGAAGUAGAGGGCAAGAUGUCAGAGCUGAGUGAUGAAGCCAGUGAGUCGGAGCUGCUGAGCCGCAGUCUUUCCAUGUGGCACGGGGUUGGCCAGAUGAUCUGUUGGGAAGAGCUGGAUGUCCCCCUCGACUUACACACAGCCUCCUCUGUUGGCCAGUGUGAAGUGGUGCAGGAGUGUAUUAAGCGUGGAGAUCUGGAUCUAAAUAAGAGGAAUUGUGGUGGCUGGACUCCACUGAUGUAUGCUUCCUAUAUUGGCCAUGACAACAUUGUGCACCUGCUGCUGGAAGCGGGUGUGAAUGUGAACAUCCCAACACCAGAAGGGCAGACACCGCUUAUGCUUGCCUCCAGCUGUGGAAAUGAAAGUGUUGCUUACUUUCUUCUACAGCAAGGUGCAGAGCUGGAGAUGAAGGAUAUCCAUGGCUGGACUGCUUUAUUUCACUGCACCAGCGCUGGACAUCAGCAGAUGGUCAAGUUCUUACUGGACAAUGGGGCAAACGCCAACUGCAAGGAACCAGUGUAUGGAUAUACACCUCUGAUGGAAGCAGCUGCUUCUGGCCAUGAGAUAAUUGUGCAGUACCUUCUCAAUCAUGGAGUGAAGGCAGAUGUCAGAGAUAACACUGGAGCCACAGCACGGACACUGGCCAUGAAGUAUGGACAUACAAAGAUUGUCGGGCUGAUAGAUUUGCAUGCAGCCCCAGUGCCCAAGGUCUUCUGCAGGGGUCCAGGAAAAUAUGAAGAGCUGAGUUCCUCAGAUGAAUCAUGCUCUGCUCCGCAGAGACAGAGACCUGUUCGUCGGACCAAAGGUCCCAGCAUCCAUGAUGGGCCCCAGGCUUUAGCUAAGAUAACAGCAGUAGGAAUUGGGGGAAAGAAGCAAUCUCACUAUGAGCAGGUCCCUCCUCAGGGCUACGUCACCUUCAACAAUGAUGGCAGCUGUGAAGCAGAGAAUAUCCGAAACAGGGAUGUUACCUCUCCAAUUAAUGAGCAGGAUGUGGAGAGCAGCAGCAGCAGGGAGGAUAAUGUUUUCCUCACCAACAACUUAGCAACCAUCAGGAGCAGCAGCAGCAGCAGUGAAUGCCUGACCAAAGCCCUGGGAGUCAGCAGUGAAGGCUCCUUGGAAAGCAAUGAGGACUCUGACCAUGCAAACAGUCCCCCUAGUCGGAAACAAGCCAAGAGCUUUAAGACCAAGAACCGCUACAGCAACAGUGAUAGCCAGUGGACCCACUGUCCAGGGAAAGCCAGGGGCUCUAGUCAGCACCUACUCCUUCCUGAGCCCCCUGCCUAUACAGGGCCCCAGGACCUGGCAACAUUCCUUGAGCAGAUUGGGUGCCUGAAGUAUCUGCAAGUGUUUGAGGAGCAAGAUGUUGACCUCCGGAUCUUCCUGACCCUCACAGAGAGUGACCUGAAGGAAAUAGGCAUCACUCUGUUUGGCCCAAAGAGGAAGAUGACUUCUGCCAUUGCACGGUGGCACAGCAAUGCUCGGCCACCCAGUGAUGCCCUGGAGCUGGCCUACGCGGACCGCCUGGAGGCAGAGAUGCAGGAACUGGCCAUUCAGCUGCACAAGAGGUGUGAAGAGGUGGAGGUGAUGAAGGGCCAGGUGUGCCAGGAGCAGAAGCUGCGUGCAGUGGCUGAGAGCUGUUUGAUGGAGCGGGAUGAGACCUGGAGUGCCCUCCAGUGCCAGCUCAGAGAGGCUCAGGCCAUCACCAAGGAUGCUGGAGUCCUGCUGGAUCAGAUCAAAUGCUGUCAAGCAGAGCUGUCCUCCCGGCUAACCCAGGAGCAGGCAGUGGGCACGGUGCUGGACACAGAGGGGCAGCUGGGGACCGGUGAGAGCAGGCGGCCUGGUGAGCGCCCGGUGCUGCAAGGAUGGCCACCUUCCCUGAAGUCUCUGAGCUUGCCUGAGCUGUCAGCUGUCCUAGAGGAGUGUGUGGGAGAAAUGGGAAAAGCUCUGCAGUCUGUGACUCAAAACCUCCAAAGGCUCCAAGCCCCAGGGCAGAGCGGGCAGAGCUGGCUCAAUCCGUAACAAAGCAGAAGGAAUACUGACGUCGGGUGACUGUUCCACCCGGAAGCUGAGUGUGCCUGGGAGAGUGAGCGUGAGGGCCAUGCUGGCAGCACUGCGGCUCUGCUGGGAGGGCCGGAGCAGCUGGUGGAUGUGUGGAAGAAGGUCUCAGCCACCAGAGAACAUGCCUGAGAGGAGGAGGGACAACAGGAAACAGCAACCCAGCAGUUCUUUGGGCCUGACUGUUGUCUACAUUCCCAGGAUCAUGGUUGCUCAUACCAAAAGGUUAAGAGGAGAAGCACUGAGCCCAGAAGUUUUAUCUGCCUUAAGCUUCCUGCAGCCCUUAUCAUUCAGGGCUGUGUGGUGGUAGAAAACUGACAGUUACGCACAGCAAGCUAAUUAACUAUCCUUUUCCUUAACUAUCCCAUCCUCCCCAGGGCCUCUGACACUUGCUGUGCCUCCUUCUAUGCCAUGUGGAUUGGCAUAGAUAAUGCAUCACGGCACAGACCCAGAAAGUGUAUCUAAGGCAAGAAGGAAGGCAGGCUUGUUGAGGAUGGGUGAAGUGAAUAGCUUGCAAAGCUCAUACAGCCCUAGUCUGUAGCUGGAAUAUCUGCUCCACUGCCAUCUCAGCUGUGUGCUUCAAAACCUCUCUAUCCAGCCAGCCCACUCUGCUUCAGUUCAGAUUCUGGCCCUCCUUGGGUUGAUGAUGGAGUCUUGGGCGACAUGGUUUAGUGCAAGGUGUCCCUGCCCAUGGCAGGGGGGUUGGAACUAGAUGACCUUAAGGUCCUUUCCAACCCUAACUAUUCUAUGAUACUAUGUUAUUUAGUCCCGAAGAACUCAUUUCUGUGGUGAGUGCUUUAUGACAGAGAUUCUGCCUGUCUGGUUCAUCAGUGCCAAGAUCCCAACACUGACAGUGAUUACAAGGCAGAUGUUCCCCUGGAAGGACAUGAGAGAGAACAAAGUUUGAGUCUCCUGUGCCUCUGGCAAGCAGCAGAGUGCCAGGGCGGGUAGGAUGCGAGCUGGAGGAUAGAUCUAUCCCACAUGGGAGAUGCACAAAAGAAAUCAUCCCAGAUGUAGCUGUGGUACAAAGCUUUGGUCCUCAGCCACUGCCUGCCUUUGAUUUCCAGGCUUUAGUGUUUGGAAAUAGCUUUGCCAAGGCAUUCUUGUUCUGUUCUGGGUAAUCUCCAAGGACAGGCAAAUUUCACCCUGAGGUGGAGCCAGUUCUUCUAAGGCAGCAUCUUUGAAAGCUGCUCAGAGUAUUGGGGCUGUGCUAGGAAAAUUAUUUUGAGCUUUAUCCUCUCUUACCUUUUCCGUGGUGGAGAGUGCCAAGGCACUUUGCACUGCCCUCUCCCUGAGCCUUGGUGCUGUCUCUGGCUGCACUAGCACAGGGCUCAGUGCUGUGUCCCUUAGAAGCCCAGAUUUGAAUUUCAGGUAAGAUGUCUGUGGGGAAAGGGGAAAAGUUUUCAUGGAAGCGAAAGAAAUCUCAACCCAACCCCCAUAAACCCAAGUGAGUGGGCCUGGGAGCAUCUGGAGAGUAAGGGCAGCCCUGGCUCAGCAAUGCCUUCAGAGCUGGGUGGGAAAGAGGGUGGCUGGAAGGAGACACUGCACAGACUUGGUGCUGGCUUUACUUGGUCAUAGGGUGGAAAAGGGGGUUUUGGGUGGGUUAAGGGAGUACAUCCAAUGGAUGUUUGGGGGCCUGGGAAAAGGAGUGGGUGAGAUGCAGCUCUGUAUAUGUGAAGGAAAAAGAGAGCCCCACAAGAAGGUGCUGCAGGAGCUCAGCUGUAAAGGCUUAAAGGGGUGUUUGAGUAGCCUAAGGGGAUUUUAUAGACCAGUGUCUCCCUGAGGAGGGAAUCCCUUCAGUGAGGCACUUGACAUAGCAUGCAGAGCUGAAAGGGGGGCUGUGCAGGCAGUGGGGGCCUGGUGCUGUCCCAGUGAAAUAGUGUUUGCUGACCUGGAUAAAAUAAUAAAAACUGAAAACCUCCUU